ACGUCUGUUAAAUCCUCCAAAUCAUUAGAGAGAGAGAGAGAGAGAGAGAAGACUCUGUAGAGAGAGAAACACCAGAGAGAGAGAGAGAGAGCCGGCUUUGCAGAGAGAGAAACACCAAAGAGUGUGCAGACAAACCUAGGUGUUGAGAUUCUUCUUCUUCGUCUACUUCGAUUUUCUCAUUAAGCAUCGUGUUUUGAGAUAAUCACUACGUGGUUAGCUUUAAAAAAAAUGGCGGAUCUGUACGGAACCAACGCUCGCUCUUCUUCACUUGAAUCUGAAGAAUUGCCUUCGUUUCUUCACAAUCUUCUCUACAAUUCACUCGCUUCACCGAUUUCUUCAUGUUCAACCGUUAAGGACAAACACCGGCAGUCGUUCUUGUCUCCGCCGCCGCCGGAGACGAUCACAUCCAGCUCUGCCACCAAUUUAUUUUACCGAUUGCCCAUGUUCUCUGACUCGGACAGCCGAUUCAGGGAGAGAGCCUCCACUGCUGGAUCGUCUAUGAUGGUUGACUCUUCUGUCGAUUUCAAUUUCUCUUAUCCCGGCCGGGGAUUUAUGGCGGAUGCGAGGGAGUUCACGAGGAACACGUUUUCUGCGGCUUGUGUUGUGGAUUCGGAUGGGAUCACAUCUUCGUUGAAGAGAAAGUUUGCGGAAGAGAAUGAUUUUGACGACUUUGGCUCUGAUUGCAAGAAGGGAUCUGAUGCGUCAGAGGCGCCAGUCAGUCCAGGUCUGCCUCGUUCGUCAAAGAGGAGUAGAGCAGCGGAGGUUCAUAAUUUGUCCGAAAAAAGGAGGAGGAGUAGGAUCAAUGAGAAGAUGAAAGCAUUGCAGAACCUAAUUCCGAAUUCGAAUAAGACUGAUAAGGCUUCGAUGCUGGAUGAAGCCAUUGAAUAUCUGAAGCAGCUUCAAUUACAAGUACAGAUGCUAUCAAUGAGAAAUGGAUUAAGUUUGCAUCCAUUUUGCUUUCCGGGAUCAUUACAUCCCACACAACUGCCCCAGGCAGGAAUACGCUUCAGUGAGGGAAAUGAAGUGCUGAAUACAAACGGAGGAGCUGAUACAUUUCCCAGGAACCAAGAGAUUUCAAUGCAGGCUGCAUUUGAUCUUCCAAAUCAGUGCACACCCUCAAAUCAGCCAAAUCUCCUAACACCAACAACGAAUAUCAGCAAUUCAGAAACCCCAUUUGAAUUGGAUCCAUCAAUUCAGAAUCACUGUGCACCCUUCAAUCACUUGACAUCUUCAAAGGAACUCUGCCGGGAAGACAGAUUAUCAUAAGUUCAUAACUGCAGUUUGAUAUGUGUUGCUCUGGGAAAAACUCAUCAUUUGGUAUGCCUUCUUAGCCAAAGAUGAUGAUGUACUUAAAAAAGAGUCAGUAUAUAUGAAAUCUGGCAACCAUAUCGAACACUUCCUCAUGUUUAAACAUUACAGAAACUGCAAAUGACUCUUUAACAUUGCUGUAAAAUCCCAAUUCAUAUAAUUAGGUUAUUUAUGCUGAAAACAAGUUGAAACACUUGUGGGACCUGUAUCAUGUUAAAAGCCCUUGGCUUGUAUUCAAACCUCCCAAGUUAUUUUGGUGCUUAUCCUACAUAGUUUUGAUGAUAAA